AUCUUUCUCCCAGUCUGUCGAAAGCUCUCGGAACACAAGCGUACGGGGAACGAGUAAUAUUUCUAGAGCCCAGAAAAAAAAAAUCGGAGAAAAACUGUACUUACUCAGGAAUAGGAUACUUUUAAUAGAUUCUGUGUCAGAAACGUGGAAAACCAACUGAUUGAUUUUGCGGCGUGAAACAGUGCCAAUUCGCGGUCGUCGAGGCAUCCAGCCCAGAGGGUGUUCUUUUUUGCGAAAGCUCCCAGCGCUCCCGAAAUAUUUUUGCCUUCAAUUCACCAGCCUUCGACGUCGAUUUUCCCUUUUCGUAGCGCUCAAGUGCUGAUUCGAAUUUCCCAACUGUUCAAUUACUGCCGUCGUCCUUUUUCGAAUCGCAGUAAAAAUCGAUUUGGUAAUAUAUUUUCCGUGAGUUUCCUGCAUGCAUAUUGCGUGAACAACCGGAAGGGAUACUUACAUAACCCUCGGGAAAAUUCAGUGCGGAAAACGACGGUAACGAAAGGAAGGAAUUCCGAAAAGAAAAAAGGCGGGGAAAUCGAUUUAGGAGGCCUGUCAACUGGGGAAACUGGGGGUGUGCGCGUUCGUGUCAGUUUGAUUCGGUUACACGUUUUGGAUUCGGAAAAUUUUCGAUUUCCGUGCUCCUUUUUCCACAUUCCGUUUUUCGUCAGAUUUUCAUUGUCUCGUGCUGCUGUGCCUUUCGACAGGAAUCAAGUCGACUUGUGUCACUUUUCCUGUCAGGGAGGCUUUCCAUUCGCAACCGGGCGUUGAGUAGGGAAAAAUCUUUAGUUUUCCACUUUCGCUUGCGGGUGAAAGGAAAUUACACGAAAGUUCGGACUAGGCGUGAAGAUACGUAAUACCGUUACCUGAUAUUAGUGUAAAUUACAGGAGCCAGCGGAGUUUCAGGCAGAAAGUUGAAAAUUUAAAUUGAACAAGGAAGCGUUGGGAUAAGCAAGCAUCGAUUUAUAUUCGGAUUCGCCAUCAAAGUCGUGUAAUGGCGUUUUUGCGUUCGAUUUGCCAUCACCGAGUGAAUUUUGUUUACAGAAGUGCAAAUUCUGCAGCCGGACCGUGGACAGCAUCCCCCUUAGGCGCAACACCAGCCGCGAGGAAAUUCAGUUUCAACAGCACAUCGCGUCGCAAUCAAGGAUUCAACCGGCAUUCGUUCGAGCACCAGCUUUUCCAGAACCUUCGCAGGGAUGAGCAUUUUCUGCGGUUCGUAGGUGUCAGGCAGCGAUCAGAAACUAUUGCUGCAGCCACCUCCAGCACAAUUGCAAGCCACCGCAAAAAGAGCGAAUCCAUUGACCCUAAUAUCCCGGUCAAGCCACAGCGCGACCCCCUCGAUGUCAGCUUCAACGACCCUGUGGCGGCGUUCAAGAGUAAAACAACAUGGGAACUGUUUCGGGCCUAUUUCGUUUACCUGAUGUGCUCCAGCGAGAAGAUCGUCGAGAACAACAUGACGAUAAUGAAAUGGACAAAGGCUGUUCUUGGUAGAAGGCUAUUUAGUUUAUUAAUGCAGUCUACAUUUUAUGGACAUUUUGUAGCAGGAGAGGACCGUUACAAGAUUGUCCCUUCAUUGGAGAGGUUGCGAUCGUUUGGUGUGAAACCAAUCCUAGAUUAUUCCGUAGAAGAGGAUCUGUCUCAAGAGGAAGCUGAGAAGCGCGAAGUUGAAUCUUCUGUUUCGAGUGUCGGUGACAAUACUGCAGCUGAAGGAACCCUACCACAAUACCAUGUGGACAAAUCCUUCGCCGAUAGACGAUACAAAGUUAGCAGUGCAAGGACGUAUUUCUACCUAAAUGAGGCUACAUGCGAACGAAACAUGGAAACAUUCAUUGAAUGCUUGGAAGCCGUUUCAGGAGCAACAUUUGGCACAGGUUUCGCCGCUAUCAAACUAACAGCUCUGGGUCGUCCACAACUACUGCUUCAACUAUCCGAGGUUAUUAUGCAGACACGUAAAUACAUGGAAGAGCUGGUUGGUGGCCAUGGAAACGUUUUAACACAUCACAAGACAAUUAAGGAUUUAGAAAAGUAUUACAGUAAUAUGGGUGAUAACAAAGACGUUAAGGAGUUCCUCAAGAAUGUUACCUCAGAUAAAGAAGGGGACACUUCUUUAGAUGCACAGCCCAGCACAAACGGAAUUAUUCUGCAUUUGUUCCCGUGGUCUGGCAUCGUGAAUGAGGACUGCCAACUUAGCGAUACUUUCCGCGUGCCCGACCCAAAGACCGGUCAGAUGCGUCGAUUGAUCUCACAAAUUCCGCCCAAGGAGGAGGAAAUGUUCCGAAACAUGAUUCGACGACUGAACCACAUUGCAAAGACUGCUGCGGAGUUAGAUGUUCGCAUAAUGAUUGAUGCCGAGCAGACAUAUUUCCAGCCAGCAAUCUCCCGAAUCACCCUCGAAAUGAUGCGAAAGUACAACAAGGAUAAGGCCAUCGUCUUCAACACAUACCAAUGCUACCUGCGUGAAGCUUUCGGCGAAGUUUGUACUGACUUGGAACAAUCCAAACGACAAAACUUCUACUUCGGAGCGAAACUUGUUCGCGGUGCGUACAUGGACCAGGAGCGAGCUCGUGCUGCAGCACUAUCCUAUCCGGAUCCAAUCAACCCCACAUAUGAAGCCACCACUGACAUGUACCAUAAAACGCUUGUUGAAUGCUUGAGGAGGAUAAAGGCUUUCAAGGAUGCGGGUGAGGAUGCGAAGAAAAUUGGUAUUAUGGUUGCGUCGCACAAUGAGGACACCGUACGCUUUGCCAUUGAGAAGAUGAAGGAAAUCGGAAUUGAACCUGAAGAUAAAGUGAUUUGUUUCGGUCAAUUGCUUGGAAUGUGUGAUUAUAUCACGUUCCCAUUGGGACAAUCUGGAUACUCGGCCUACAAAUACAUCCCUUACGGUCCUGUACAAGAAGUCUUACCCUACCUAUCCCGCCGAGCUCAAGAAAACAAGGGUGUACUCAAAAAGAUCAAGAAGGAAAAGCGUCUUCUACUAGCCGAAAUCCGUCGUCGUCUGCUGCGCGGACAACUAUUCUACAAACCCAAAGGAAACUACGUUCCCAUAUAAACUAUUUAGCAUGCAAAAAACAACAAAAAACCAUUUAUUUAUAUUUUCGCGUUAAAUGCUUCGAUAAAUGAAAAAGAAGAUUUAAGCAGAGCAACGAAUCGGAAAAGACGGGACGAAAGUUGAACAUGUGACAUAUGAAGAAAUGUAGCAAAGAACAAAAUAGCAAAUGUCUUAGUGCGUUUCAAGAAAAGGGCCUGCGUAAUAAUGUUAAAAAUUUACUUUAUUAGUUUGUUAGAUUUCCGGAAGAAAACAUCUGGAGCGAAAUCAUAGAAAACAAAGCAAACAAAAGUGUUUCGGGAGCAAAAGUACAUGGGGAAAAGACAAAACCUCAUUUUGGCCUCAGUUAAAUUAUUUGAUACGUAUACGUAGCUAGUUUUCCCUCCGAAAAGAAAAUGUUAAUUAUGGAUAAAAAGCAGGAAAAUCGAUCGACCUGAUAUUAUUGGAUGCAAUAUUUAGGACCGCAUGCUGUUGUGCAUCGUUUGCAAUGGACAUUCAUAUUCGAAUGAAUCUUUUCUUUUUGUUUUUAAUUUUAUGAUAUUUAUAAUUUCUAAUGUGAUCAUUUUUAAAACGGAAACAAUAAAGCUCUAAUGCAUGCAAUUCUGAUUCUGAUAUUACUUUGUCAUGUAGAAUUUACAAGAAGGAAAGAUAGAAAGAUACACGGAGGCCCGGGGGCGAUUUAGUUGAGAAACCUGGAAGGGGAUGGUAGUACUCAAUUAUAGAAAUAAAAAAAAAACAAUACAUUGUAUUCGUGUACCUCUCUCUUACAAACUCCUUACUACUACUAAUAGAACAAUGAUUGUAAAGAGUUUUUGCUCUAAUUGUUUAAACGUGUUUAUAAAGAUAAUUAAAAGACGAUGGGAAAAUAUCGAUAAUUCUAAAUGUAAGCAGGUCUGAUUAUAUUAAAUAUAUACAAAACUAUAUGGUUACAGAUACAAAAAAAUGAGAAACGAAAUUGUUCCGUCAUAACUAAAUACUGUGAAAAAAAAAAUGAUAUUAACUGUGAAUCUCCCUUAUUUCUUUUAAGCUCUCAUGCCGGAGGUGGUGAUAAUUAGAUACAUUCGUUUUGAUGUUUUGUUAUAGAUUCUUAAAAUAAUUUUCAUUAUAUUUACUGCCAAAUAUUCAAAUCUUUUCAAUAAAUCGCCUCAAAAUGUAUAGAUAAAAGAUAGAACGAGGAAAUUUUGAGCUCCUUUCAGCAGUGUCUGAAUUUUCCGUGCUGCAAAAAUAGAAUGUGAAAUUUAUUUUUAUUUUAUUUUAAUAUCAAUUAAGUUUCGUUAUUUUGUCCACUACGUCAUAUAGUUUAGACCCUUAAUUGUUCCUAUAAUUUACGUUCGCUACUGAAGCGAUGCGAUAUCAUUUCAUCGUUCAGGUGUUUGUCGUUGUUAAAAACAAGAUAAAGGGCCGCGUCCGACAAGUAUUUAGUAACCAUAACCAUGGGAGUACUGCAAAAUGCUACAUCAAUAUAGACUGUGUUAUUUUUUAGCCAUAAUAGACAUAUGUAGGUAGGCAAACAGACACAACAGAUACGAACGAUUUGGAGUUUUCAAAUUUAAAUUGAAGAAUAUAAAUUGAAACUACAAAACAAUAAAAUGGAAUUCAAUACUUGACUAUGAAAUCGUGUUUUCAUUAUUUUCUUUAUUAUUUUUUAUUAUAUUUAAAAAAAA